UUGGUCUCUGGCGUUCACGUUGGUGACAUCACGCGAUGUGUUUUCAGUGCUAUGGCGUACCAGGAAGGGGAGUCGCUGGAAUCUUGGCUCAAUAAAGCCACCCAUCCAGCCAACAGACAGGAAGACUGGGAGUACAUCAUUGGCUUCUGUGAUCAGAUCAACAAGGAACUGGAGGGUCCUCAGAUAGCAGUAACACUGCUCGUCCACAAAAUCCACUCACCACAAGAAUGGGAAGCACUUCAGGCUCUGACAGUAUUGGAAGCUUGCAUGAAGAACUGUGGGAGAAGGUUUCACAAUGAAGUGGGAAAAUACAGAUUUUUGAAUGAGCUGAUUAAAGUUGUGUCUCCAAAGUACAUGGGUGACAGUGCACCUGAGAAGGUGAAGAUGAAGAUUGUAGAGAUGCUGUACAGCUGGACAAUCGCUUUUCCAAGUGAAACGAAGAUCGGUGAGGCCUACCAGACACUCAAAAGACAAGGCCUUGUGACACAAGAUCCAGAGUUACAAUUGGACAGGACUCUGAUUCCCUCCCCUCCGACACGACCUAAGCAUCCAGUAUUCGACAACGAGGACAUGGGAAAGCUGCUUGCUGAGCUCCUGCGGAGUAAAAAUCCAGAGGAUCUACAGGAAGCCAACAGACUAAUCAAAAACAUGGUGAAGGAGGAUGAGGCCCGAGUGCAGAAGCUGACAAAGCGACUACUCACACUGGAGGAGGUGAACAUCAAUGUCAAGCUGUUGACUGAAAUGCUGUCCCACUACAAUAAAGACAGCUCCACUGACUCAGACAAGGACAUAAUUAAGGAACUGUACGAGCGAUGUGACAAGCUGAGGCGGGCAGCUUUCAAAAUGGCAACGGAAACAGAGGACAAUGACACCAGUUUAGGUGACAUCCUGCAGGCCAGCGACGAUCUCUCCCGAGUCAUCAACUCCUAUAAGAAGAUCGUGGAGGGGCAACCGAUCAACGGCGACAGUGAAGAGCCUCGAUCCACAGCUUGUCACAGUGAAAGUGAGACCACAGAUACUUUGAUAGACCUCACCGGCCUCGACACGCCGAGCCCUCCUCAACCGGCCAUCCCUCCCUCUCAGCUCUCAAAUCCUUUCCCAACCAACACCACGAUUUCUCCCAUACCUGUCCUACCUCCUCCUCCCAAACGCCUGGCCGGCUCCCACGGCAGUCAGAGCAGUAGCCCGAGUCAUCCCCCCCUCGACAAGGCCUCCACUGCUUUCUCGCUCCUUGAUGAUGAGCUGCUCUCCCUAGGAUUAAAUGACCCCCCUUCCUCUCUGAGCAGCCAAUCAAAACCUACAUUGAAUGAAUUGUCCAAUCAGUGGACUUCCUUGCAGGCUCCAGCUUCAAGCAUGGAUUUGUUUGGCAGUGUAGCUUGUUCAGGUCCGGUGGUACCUCAAGCUGAACCAGCCGCCAGCGUACACAGUCUCCAGAACCUGCAAGGCCUGGCCAUGAUGGGCUUUUCAGAUCCGAAGAGUUUACAUCAGAUGACAACCAGAGGGAGCAGCUUUGGGGUGAGUCCUGCAGUAGCUCCUCCCCACAUACCCGGACAGGGCUCCCCCUCCUCAGCUGCUCUUUUCCACUGUGCAAUGCCUGGCUCUCCUGCUUUGUCCCACCCGAAGGUCCAGAGCCUGGGCUCAGCCCCGGGUAGCCCUCUCUUCCACUCUCCGUCUCACCCUCCUCUCCAAGGCAGUCCAUCCAGAGCCAUAGACGUCUCCCUGAGCAAUGUGCAUGUCCCCCUGGAAGCCAUCAGACCGAGUAAAGUGCUGCCUGUGACGGCCUACGAUAAGGGUGGUGUCCGUGUGCUGAUCAACUUUGCAUCCGACUGUCCCCCUGGCAGGCCUGAUGUACUCGUCAUGGUGGUCUCUACGCUCAAUACAGCGCCGCUCCCUGUUCACAAUGUGGUACUGCAAGUCGCUGUACCCAAGUCAAUGAAGGUGAAGCUGCAGCCUCCAUCAGGAACAGAACUGGCACCUUUCAAUCCCAUCCUACCUCCUGCCUCCAUCACCCAGAUCAUGUUGCUGGUUAAUCCAGCAAAGGAGAAAGUGCGUCUGCGCUACAAGCUGGCUUUCAUGCUCGGAGACCACCCGUGCAAUGAGGUAGGAGAGGUGGACCAGUUCCCCCCACCAGAGACAUGGGGUCAUCUAUAGCAUUGCGCAGGCCCUCAGCAGGGACAGUCCAGGUCAUACUCCAUGAAGGGGUGUGUGUGUGAAUUCUCACACAUCCCAGAGAGAGGAGGGGGACAGUGCUUUCAGCGUCACAUUCCUUAGUUAUUUUUCAUCUUCAGGCCAUUGUUGAUUCUAAUAGUGAGAUGUUAACAACUACAACUUGCACCUGUAUCUCUAAAGAGGUUUCUGCAGAUAUUUGAGAAAGUAACAAGUGAGAUAGCUGUGGUGUUAACAGGUUUUAAGAUUCAUGUUGAUUUUGUAUUGUAGUCCAGGAGAAGGCAGUAAUGCAACAUUACAGAUGCCAGCUGUAGAACACCAAAGAAGAAAUGAGAUUCUUAUUUUAAUGGAUCUUACCGAAUGUACUGAAAAUAUUACGCUGAAAUGUUGCACUGCAGAAGAACAGGAACUUUAAAAGAACUGAGCCUCUACAGUAUGUUUACAGAGCUUAGGAGAUAUUACUUGAAAUGGUAGAUUCGCGCUGACGGAGUUACACUGGAAAAUAAAGUAGUCCUACAUUGUCCCUGCAGGAAGAUGGUGGACUUGUUAAUGUAUUUAUUGUGUGACAAUUUUGGUGAAAUAAACUGUGAUUUAAAAAUUUUUAAAUAAUGAAGCCCUGUGCAAGAUAAGUGGACCAACAAUGUUUAAAGGCAGAACAGCAGUGUAUAUAGUUUUCAUUUUUAAAUAAUUAUCAUUUAAAGUUAUUAUUUAAAAAUGAAAAGUGAUUUGCCCCAAUGUGAAAGCGGGCUACAGCCUGUACAUUAGCAGUAUCUGUACAUUUGUUUAAAUUAACUUUUUUUUUUUUAUCUACUAGUCUGUGUUGAAAGCAUUCUUGUUAUUUUGUGUUAUAUUUCAGUGCAUCACAGAACCUAGAAUUAAAUGGAGGAUUAUUAUCAGGCAGAUCAUUUUUGUGCAACAGUGGGAAGGAGUCAAACUCUCCUGAGCGUUAGUUUUCAUAAAUCAGCCUGUGGUCCCCUCUCUGGCAGUCCUCAGUUUAUCAUGCAGACAUGUGUGUUUAAUGUAAAUAGGAUGUAAUUUACUGUCUGUUGUAUGACAAGUGAACAUGUGACGUGUAGAUUUUGAGUGUUGGGUCUGUACAUACUGUAUGAUGUGCCAUUUGUUCUCUGCAUGGGAAAAUAAAUCCUUCUUUCAAUGGA